GGUGAUUCUUCCCCACUCGAGCCAGCAGAACCCUAAUUUAUCAACCGCGUCUUCUCCUUCUUGCUCUGUAACAAGAGUUCCAUUCGGAGAAGUCAAAGAGGCAAAAAGAAAAAAUGGAUGUCGACGGAGAAGAUGUAUCUAGAAGACUUCACGUUAAGUUCGUGACGAAGCUUGACUCACCGUUCAAAGUUCCGGUCAACUCCGUCGCCAUCCCUUCCAAUGUCACUCGUCUCGGCCUUUCUUCCAUUGUCAAUUCUAUUAUCCAAUCGGAUAAUCCUGAGUGGAAAACGGAGCCGUUUGAUUUCCUGAUUGAUGGGGAGCUUAUUCGGAUGUCACUCGAAGAGUUUCUUCUGGCCAAAGGAAUAUCAGCGGAACGAACUCUUGAAAUCGAAUACAUAAGGGCUGUGACACCAAGGAAGGAGGAAGAACCCUCGUUGCAUGAUGACUGGGUCAGUGCGGUUAAUGGUUCUUCUCCCAGGUUCAUUUUGACUGGCUGCUAUGACGGUUUAGGAAGGGUAUGGAGUUCUGCUGGAUCGUGUUCACACAUAUUAGAAGGCCACUCUGGGGCUAUCUCCUCUGUUGCUGUAGUUAAUUCCAAAGAUGCGGAAACUGUUACUGUAGCCACUGCGUCUAAAGAUCGGACAUUGAGAUUGUUUAAGUUUGAUGCAGAUGAAUCUGUUGACUCUUCUACAAGAGUUACGGCUUACAAAAUAUUACGUGGGCACAAGGCGUCCGUGCAAAGUGUUUCAGCUCAGAAAUCCGGGGACAUGGUUUGCUCAAGUUCAUGGGAUUGCACUAUCAAUCUAUGGAACACAAAUCAGUCUACCUCAGAAGGGGAGUCAGUACCAUUGAAGAAAAGAAAAGGGAAUAAUCAGGCUGACGAAUCUCAAUCAGAGGGAGAGGCGGUGACUACACUUGUUGGACACACACAGUGUGUCUCAUCAGUUGUUUGGCCAGAGCAUGAUGUAAUUUAUUCCGCUUCAUGGGACCAUUCCGUAAGGAGAUGGGACGUUGAGACAGGGAAAGAUUCUUUGAACUUGUUCUGUGGAAAAGCUCUCAACACGAUUGAUGUUGGCGGGGAAGGUUCUGCACUUAUAGCUGCUGGGGGCUCAGAUCCAAUCCUUAGAGUAUGGGAUCCUCGUAAGCCAGGAACAUCCGCUCCCGUUUUUCAAUUCUCUUCACACUCGUCAUGGAUUUCCGCCUGUAAAUGGCACAGAAGCUCUUGGUAUCACUUGCUCUCCGCUUCGUAUGAUGGCAAAAUCAUGCUCUGGGAUCUCAGAACCGCUUGGCCAUUAUCAAUUAUCGAGACACACAAUGACAAGGUUUUAUCUGCGGACUGGUGGAAAGGAGAGAACGUAAUCAGUGGAGGAGCAGACUCUAACUUGCGGAUUUCUUCCGGAAUCGCAAUUUCUUAAAAGAAACAUAUUGAUCCCGAUCUUGGAAUGAGACUGUUGUAAGUUCUACUGGAGGAAGCUUAUUGUCUUUAAUGUUUUGUAUACUCUUCAAAUUUUGAAAUGUUGAAUCUUAAAUUAUACUUUUACUCGGAAGCAAUUCUAUCGGUUAUUAAAAAAGUUGUAUUUGUUUGUGUUGUUGUCUGACA